UUUUGUACUAUUUUGUUCACAUCAAAUCCAACAGAUCCUUAUAUGUCGCUCGGUGACCUGCCUCCAGAACACUGCCUUUCGUCUGUAACCAGCAUCUUCUACAGUAUGUUUGUUUUGUACUGUUUUGUUCACAUCAAAUCCAACAGAUCCUUAUAUGUCGCUCGGUGACCCGCCUCCAGAGCACUGCCUUAUGUCUGUAACCAGCAUCUUCUGCGGUAUGUUUGUUUUGUUUUGUACUAUUUUGUUCACAUCAAAUCCAUCAGAUCGUUAUCUGGACCCCGUUACAAGGACAGAUAACAGUAGACUUACAGGUUUGUUGAGAGAAUCCAAAUAAAAUCAUGAUCAUGACAAACGCAUUAUUAUAAUUUCCCAUCACUUUCUUUCAAAUACUGGAUCAUGCGGCUCCAAUAUUUAAGAACCUCAAAAUCCUCCCACUUGCACAAAUACACAGAUACUCAUCCUUGCUACUCGCACAUAAAUUCAUGCACCAGUCACUCUCUCUUCCUCACAAAUUUAUACAGCUGUUCAUAGGACAAUCUGACGUUCGCAAUUGCCCAACCAGAUCCUAUUCUUCAAUCACCAUGUGCCUUUUCUAACUUUGAAUCUAUCAACACAUUUCAUCAGAUCAUCAGCCCCAAGGGAGUGGAACAGACUUCCUCCAAACCUCGAAGUAAUCAAUAUCACGUCUUUAUUCAAAUCCAGGUUAAAAGAUUUUUUAAUUAACAAUAUUUGAUCCACAUUAGUCAUACAGUCAUUUCUUCCAAGUAAAUUUGUUUUUUGAAAAUACAAUUGUUCACUAAUUAUCAGUCCUCACCAUGCAUGUAUUGUUAUUAUUUGAUAAUAAUGAGUCAGGGAUAGAACAAGUUCCUCGGACUUUAUUCCUGCCUUUUAUGAGAUAUGUCAUUUUAUAUAUAUUUACCUGUGGUGAAUAAACAUUCAGUUCAAUUCAAUCUAAAGAAUGUUGGGGACAAUAAGAAUUUUUUUUAGUUACGGCCUUAAAAGCAGUCAUGUUCAGUUUGUCAUUUGUGAUUUUCAGGGCUAUCAUUAAGAACAAAUGCAAUUUUGUUGUAGCAAAAUCCUCUGAUUGGCUACUAUUUGACUGCAUGACAUCUCUUGAACUGCUUGACUAGCUGAUUUUAUCCAUUGUGGCAUAUACAUGCUACUUCUGUGAAGGGGCUGAUUCCACAACGCCAUUUCUGACUUAAGUUGAAAUUUAAAACCUCUUUACAAUGCACAGUUUUUGGUUCUGGGAGUAGAAAUUUGGACACUUUCGUCUUUAGCUAAUACUGAUAAGGUGGACAAAAUUUAAUUUCUUUUAAUGAUCAAAAAUAAGUUUUAUGAUCAUAUUUCUAUUUUUGACUUUAGUGAGAAAUGGCUUUGUGGAAUGGGCCCCAGUUCUAGUAAACUUUGCCAAUAGAGUCAGUUUCAUGAUAUGAGAUUCCCUCUUAAUCAACACCUUUGUAAAAUCAGUGAAAAACAUUUCGCACAUUGCAUUGUCUUGAAUUAUUCUUAUGCACAAAUUUAGUGUCUUCUUACACAAGGCUUCACAAAUGGCACCAAUUGCACUCUUGAUAGAGAGCCAGGGUUUCUAUGAUAUCUUCGACACUGGGAGAAUUGCAGAAUAAAAAUAUCAAAAUUGGGAACUGUACUCAAUGUAAGAAAUACAGAUUGGCGUGAUAUUUUUAUAGUCGCUUUCUGCUGUUCUCCCAAUACAAUACUACAUAGAAUAUUUCCACUAAUACAUAUCUUCAUAAAAUUGGACGAAAAUCAUAUAAUACUUGUGAUUAUUGUUAGCAAAAUAAAGAAACAAUAGGGCACUUAUUUUUAGGGAUCAAUACGAAAAAUAGAUCAAAACUAACAUAGGAUUGCAAGAUAAAUUAGCAAAAGAAAAAACUAUUUUGGAUGGGAUAAAAGUAUGCCGGUUUUAAAUUGUUUAACAAUAUUGGCCAAAAAGUAUAUUAUGAAUAACAAAGCAAACUACGAACACAUAUGUUUUACAUACUUCAUAAAGAAUGUAUCCGACUACUAUAAUGCAUAGAAGUAUAUUUUAAUAGUUUCAAAAAGAGAACCCCGAUUUAACAAAAAAUGGGAUAAGUUUUGAAAUUUUUUCAAAAACGUGUAGUGAGACACAUUGGAUUAUACGUCAACUUUAUUUCUACUUGGUGACAAAAUGGUCUUCUGAUCGGUGGAAAAAGAUGGGAAAAACAAAAAUAAAGAGCAUUCUCGAUCAACCUACAAAGGAAGUGGAGGAAUACAAAUUCUCCACCUCAUCCAGUAUUGAAAUCGUACUUUGUGUAAGUGUUUCCUGAGUGGCCUCAGUUGUUCAUCAUACCACCGCUGAGCCAUGUCCCACUGUAAGACCUUUGUGUUAAUGUAGCAAUAGUUAAUUGCAUGAAAAAGCUUCCUUAGUUCACAAAUUUCUGUUGAUUGUUAUUGUAAUUGUUGUAAUCCAACUGUUGUUGAGUGAUUUAAUGACUGGCUUUUCAUUGGCAUGGAUUACUGGCCCUUUUGCAGGAUUUCAUGUGUUUGAAUCUAGCACAGACACUAGCUUUUUGUCAUGAUAAGAGACUGAGAUAUCUGAUAGUUAAUUUGGGUUCACUACAUUCCCAAAUAUAAGAAAGUGCAGAGAUCGAUAAGACAGUGGAGUUACAAACACGUCUCUUCAUAGUACGUUUAUAAUUGAACUUGGAACAGCUAGAAACAGCCUUAGACUUCAAUCACUUACAGGGCCUCAGCCCAUUUCUUGUAAACUUACUUUCUCCAAUUGUCCAUUUUCCCAUGAAUAUGAUGCAUAGUUUCUAUAACAUGUGUGUGACGCAUUUGACUUAACCGUUCAUUAGUUACAAGACAUUUGUUUGAGCCACUCUGAUUUUCAACAUUAACUGAAACGUGUGUUUAUAACCAAACAAGAGGGGUAAUUCCUGUAGGCCUUUAGGCACACUUGAAUGACAGGUAUCCGUAUCGGUGCUCUCCCCUAUUCUUAAUUUCUAGGUUGUCCUUAAAUUGACCCGACCAUUUGUUUCUUGGGCCUGUCACAUGUGGAAAAGGCAUGAAUUUGGGAGAAAGAGCCUUUGAAAUUGUCUGUUACUUGUUUUUUUAUUGAUAAUUAAUAACAAAUCUUUCCCUGUUUGAGCGAUAGUACAAGAAAUUCUCUGCGCAUGGAGAUUGGGGGUUAGUGCGCAUAUGCAAAUAAGCCAGGAAACGUCAUAGUCGAGCCUGGUAAGUGGUGGCGCUCAAUAUGUCAAGGAUAGUGGCGAAUUUACGCAGUAGAUCAAGUGUGUCAGAGUGUCAGUGAUUGUCAGUCUUUGUAAAAGUGACAGCUAGGAUGUUUGAUGAGCCUUGUGUUAGGUGAAGCUGGCGAUUACUUGCUUUGCUGUUCGCGAUUGUAUUUAAGCUGGAUCGCAUUCGCCUACCGAACUGGCUGACUCGCUGACCUACAACUGCCUUCGGCUUGAACUGGAGCUCGACGAGGCAGGCAAGAUGGACGUACCCGAGAUAGACCCGAAUUUCGAGCCACAAACCAGGGCAAGAUCAAAUACCUGGCCGCUUCGACCGAAGGAAGUUACUCCUGAUCAGCAAAGUACGAGCCCAGGUCCCGAGGAAGCGAAUGGAGACGGCACGCCCCAAAAGGAAGCUGUAUCGUCAGUGUGCAAGAAGACUUCAUCGAGGAGAAAUGCUUGGGGAAAUUUGUCAUAUGCUGAUCUUAUAACGAAGGCGAUCCAGAGUUCGCCGGAUCAGAGAUUAACUCUGUCUCAGAUUUAUGACUGGAUGGUACAAAAUGUUCCCUAUUUCAGGGAUAAAGGCGACAGUAACAGUUCUGCUGGAUGGAAGAAUUCCAUUCGGCACAACUUGUCCCUUCACAACAGGUUCAUGAGAAUACAGAAUGAAGGAACGGGCAAAAGCUCCUGGUGUAUCAACCCAGAUGCGAAGCCAGGAAAGCCAGCCAGAAGACGCACAAGUAGUAUGGAAACUAAGUCACUGGUAUCCAAACGGGACAGGGUUCGUAAGCGUGUUCGUGAACUUAAAAACCAAAGACUGGAGGGAGGCAAUUCUCAUAUGUCUGACGACAACUUCCUAAUGAGCCCAAGUGAUCCAAAUAGUCAGUUUCGAGAGAGAGUUGACUCUGCACACAGCACGCACAGUGGCAGACUAUCCCCCAUACCUGCUGUACCAGGAUUUGAGUUUGAAAAGGAUCUGGAAGAUGAUCUCCCAUGGGACAGCUCAAAUUAUGUGCAGUCGGGUGAUGUUUAUUCGGACACCACACUUGUGGGACAUUUGAUUGAUAGCAUGAAAAUUGUGGACAAUUCAAAUGGACUAAUGGUGGUGCAAGACAACCUUUCCCCCUCCCCCCAAAUGUUGCCUCAGUACAAUCAGAACAAUAACUUUAGCCCGCAAUACAAUGAUCUGCCUGCACCACCCCCAUAUCCAGACCAUCAGAGCAGAAGCCCUAGGCAGCAGUCCCCAUCUAUACUCUCUGAUCUCAAUCAGUCUUUAGAUAUCCUCAGCCUCAACAGAAUUUGGACUUUUCGCCAGCAGCCAAUGGUUCAGGAGCCGUUGCCCAUGUCCCUUAACUCUCAGGGUCAGCAAACCAUACAGUUUCCCCAGAGCCAGCAGCUCUCCCCAAAGCCACGUCAGAUGUCGCCUCAACCACGCUCGCCCCAACUUUCUCCGCAGCUCUCCCCUCAGCCUGCCAUACAACGCCCUCAGGCAACCAGAACAAACCCUCUCCUACAACAACACCUCCAGUCCUCCAACAGCUCUCUCUUGUUGAAGGCCCUCACCCGUAGCCAAGCCCACGUGACACAGGCUCAGCAGCUCAACCUGCUGCGCUCUCUGAAUCAGGCCCGAGCUCAGGGCAGGCUUCCGCUCUAUAAUCCGCAGAUGACCACUGGAGUGGGAAGUCAAAUGAAUCAGCCAGCUGUGGGUAGGAAUAGCAGCUCUUCUAACAGCCAUUUGCUGAGCCAGUUGUCAGCCCCUGCAGCCAAUCAGCUCGGGAGGACAAUUCAUCCAAUCAAAUGGUCAGUCUGUUGGAGAGGCUGGUGGCUUCUGACCUCCAGCUCCAACACAAACCUUGGGAGCCUGAAUGACAUUGAGCUGGAUUCACUUAUUGGUGUGGACUGUGAUGUAGAACAGGUCAUCAAUCAAGAACUCAAUUUUGAUGGGAACUUGGACUUCAACUUUGAACAAAUUCUCUCUGACAACUCCAAUGGCUGAGAACAUGGUGCAUUGAGGAUAAUGUUUUUAGCAGCAAGCGGUUUUGGGUGUUACUCCUUAAGUUUGAACAAGACUGGUUGUUGAUCUCUAACAAGUUGUCAGGAUUAGAACGGGAAUACAAAAUCUACCAUCAAGAAACAGUUCUUCUCCAAGCUGGUAGUUUUUACAGCUAGAUAUUCCCAAAUAUGGAGAAAGCUAUUUCAUGCCUAGACUUAGCUAUUCCUAGAUGACUUUGAUAAGCGCCUGAUCUGCACUUGUGAGUGUAGAGUUAAGUUUUACUUUAUUUUAAUCGGUUCUGCUGGUGUUUGUUAUUAACUGUUACUGAUAUAAGACAUUUGUGUGAGGAUGUCACAUGGACACUAUUGAGAAUGUUAUCAUAUAGCCACAGAUGAUGUUAGUUGCUCUCCCCUCCUGCUUCCCAGUAUGGCCAGUACAUCAAUACGAAAUCAUUACUUGUAGAAUCUGUGUGCGUGUGUGAUAUUCCUGAAAACUGUUCCAAAUCUUCAGGUAAAGUGUAGAAUUAACAGUAA